AUGGCGCCAAUGCCCCAAAUACAGCGUCGAUACUCGGUCACAGGCUUAACACCACCCGACGAUGUGGCCCAGGUCUCCAAGCAGCAGCACUCACCCAAGCUGCAGGCGCUGGACACUAGUGUACAGUCGACACCUAGCUGUGGCCUCUGCGACCCGGGCGCUGACGCUUCGAAGGCGAGUGUACAGCACAUUGAGGACGUAGAGGCAGCAACCACAAACGAGAGGGAUCGCGGUCGCAAGAUCUCGCAUCAGACCGUAGGCAGAAUGGCAUCAAAACGUUCAGCGACCCAAUUACCAUCCCCCAGCACUCCCACGACACACCAAUUACCUCCCAAGAUCGCGAAGCUGGGCCUAGAAUCACCAGAUAGACAUGUGGGCAUAGAUAUGGACGACGUGGCGGAUCUAGACGAGGGCGUAUUUACAGACCCCUUCUCUGAGGUCGGAUCAAUCCGAAGCCUGGACUACGGAGCCUUGCAACUCGACAUCCCACAAUCCUCACCACUUACCAUAACCUCAAGCCAGCCUGACGAACCCAUAAUCGAGCCCUUCGACCUAGAUUCCCAGUACGACUCGGGCGUCGAGAGCCUCGCCCUCACGCCCAUCACUAGCUCCACGUCCAACUUCAUCACCUCCCUCCCAACCACAUUUCUUACCCUCCCGCCAGAACUCCGCCACCAAAUUUACCUCCGCCUCCCCGACCUCGUCCUCUCCCAUCCCCUCAUCUACUGCCUCUCCACCUUCAACGACGCCAUGCAGCACCCGCUCGCCUCUGUUUCACGCCUUGUCCGCGCGGAAGCCCUUGCCAUCUUCUACUCGUAUAACACCUGGACCAUCAAGCUCGAAUUCAAAAUGAUGUACGAGGCCUUCCGCGACUGGAUCAUCCGGCUGGGCGAUGGGGCAGGGCUGCUACGACUGGUCACUAUCGCGGUACGUGGGAAGUUGUUCAAACCUGGGACGAGCCAUGCUAGGGAAGAGGCGGGUGCGAACGUUGCGCUGGUGCCGGGGAUGCCGGCAUAUGCUUUGGUGGUUGAGCAGUAUUGUCCGCCGGACGGGGAUGCAUGUUUCAGUAUCGAUUUGAGUGAGAAGUAUGCUGGGGGAAAGGUGGAGGUUGUGCGGAAUGACGGGACGAAAGACGCGGCUGAGCUGGCGGUUGGGUGGUUGCAAAAGAGUGUAGCAAGGCUGUGGGAAAGGAGAAGGGCGGGGACGCUCAAUGGGCAGGACUGGGUGGAUUUCGUCGAUGCCUUUCUCGCGUUCGCUGGAGGGUGGUAG